UUCUUUUUUAAUUUGUUCUGUAGAAAUUAAUUUUUCAAAAUCUCUAGAGACUCCACUAUCAUUUUGUCUAUUUAAGAGCGAACUGGAGACAAAGAUUUCCAAAACAAAGACGAAUAAGAAACCAUGAGAUCUUUCAUUGCUCUUUUAUCGCUCUUCUUGGUUUUGAGCACUGCCAAUGCUGCAAGAACUUCUCCUGGAGACUACUGGAAGAGCGUAAUGAAGGACCAACCUAUGCCCAACGCAAUUGAAGCCCGCGUUGUUUCCUCAAAACCAAAUGAUCACAAAGCUGCUUUGGAUCUUUCCGGUAAAGAUUUCGAUUUCGAUACUGAGAUAAAACCCAAUCAACUCUUAGUUUGGAGAUCGCAUCACCGUCCUAGUCUGACUCCCGGUAAAAAGAACAAAUGAUGUCUACUUUCCAUUAUCAUCAGCAAAUGCAGCCAACGUUACUUAGCGAGACAAGACAGUCUAUCAGCAAAGUUGAUGUUUGUGCCGUACGUACGUGUUUCAAGAAUAUUAUGUAUGUAAUAUAUAUAUAUAUAUAUAUAUAUGUAAUGUCACUACUGUGUUGAAAUAAAUUUGUUUCGCUUGGCUGCUUGCUGCUUGCUGCGCCCGUCUAAGUUGUGUGCAUCUUUGUUUCACAAUAUAUAUAUAAAUAUGUAAUGUUGAUGUAUUCAAAUAAAGUGCCAAGGCCA